AUGUUUCUGAGCCCGGUGAACCCUCCACCAUUCUUCAUUCAGAGCCAGAGGAGCUAUUCAUCCAAAGUGCUCAUUGGAAACUGGGUGGAAGAGAGGAGACAGUUCAGCAAAGUCACUGGUCAGACACCCCAGAGUGUUUCCAGAAUGGAGUACACCCCUUUCCUAGACUACAGGCCCGACAACAUCUCCAGCUGGUAUGUGAAGAAAAAAAUGGAGGGGCUUCCGUACAAACAUCUGAUCACCCACCACCGGGAGCCCUCACACCGCUACCUCAUCAGCUCCUACGACGAUCACUACAAUCGGCGGGACUACAACCCAGGCAUGCCCUUGGUCCGCACGUGGAGUAGGCAGAAGUUGCUGUGGCUGCCGGAGAAAUCCGACUUCCCCCUUCUGGGUCCCCCUACAAACUAUGGACUGUGUGAGUGCCUGAAGAAGAGGUGGCUUUCACCCCAGACUGGCAUGAAAGAGAGCACUUACACUUCCUCCUACCCCAAACCCCCAUUAAGUGCUCUGGCACCGCCCCUUCCCCUGCGCCCCAUCCCACACUCCUGA